CCGGAGCAAUCAGUCGUCGCAGUCAGUCACCGAACAGUCUAUCGUCGAUCACCCGCGAUCCGUCCACGACAGUAUUCGACGGUCAACGGAACAACGCUCGCGUCCGGUGAUUGAUUCGUUCGUCGGUUUUCAUCCGCCGCCAGUCGAUUUAGGAUUUCGAUUGUUCUGCGUGUCCGCCGCGACCGACAAAUUGUCCGUACCCGGGAAACUAUUACGUUUUCCCGUUUUCCCGUUUUCCCGGUGCCGCACGCUUCUUCAACAUGGGUCUGGGCACGGCCACCAUCAAGUACAUUCUGUUCUUCUUCAACUUCGCGUUCGCGCUUUCCGGUCUUGCAUUGGUGGCGCUGGGCAUGUACAUCAGGUAUUAUGGGUCGAAAUCUGAGGAGCUGGCCAACAAAGCCACAGGAGACACGGCCGGUUUAGCUGCCUUGGCUAUCAUCAUCAUUGGUGGAUCGGUGUUCGUCGUGUCGUUUUUUGGAUGUUGCGGAGCUAUUCGGGAGAGUCAUUGCAUGAUCACUCUGUACGCAAUGUUCCUGUUGGCAAUAUUUUUGUUGGAGGUGGCCGUCGGAGUCUUCUUGUACAUCAACCGGGACCAAGCGGAAGAGAUCACUAGGAAAUCGAUGACCAUCGUGCUCAACGAUUACGCCAACAAAACGGAAUCGCGCGCCUUCUUCGACGAGAUUCAACACGACUUCCACUGCUGCGGCGUUGACGGACCGCAGGACUGGGUCGAACGCACCGCUACUGCUCUGCCGCACUCCUGUUGCCGUACCGACGGAGGCCCGGGCACCACCUGCGCCAAGACCGAGGCCUGGCAGGACGGCUGCCUGCACAAGACCGUGAACAUGUUCAAGACCAACGCGAAUUCGCUGUUCAAAGUGGUCAUGUCAAUCGCCGGCGGUGAGCUGAUCGGUAUCAUCUUCUCGCUGUGCUUGGCCAGUAGCAUAAGGAACGAGGAACGCCGACAGGGAUACGCUUAGGAGACGACGGCUGCGGCAGCGGUUCCGGGGGCUGCGGAUACCACGGGACCCGCUGAUACAAAUAUUUUAUGAAAACCGUAUUACAUAUUAUCAUUCGUCACAAUAUCUGUAAACUCUCUGGAUCCAAACAAAUCGUAUUACUUUUCAGCAACGUAGCAUAAAGCGUACCACGUGAAAAUACGAAUCAUACCGUUUUUUAUUUACAGUACUCGUAUCGUACGUUCUCGGACUCAAAGCUAUUUCGAAACGAUCCAAAAACCCUAAUAUAAUAUUGCAAUAAUCGUACAAUAAAACCUUAUCGUUGUACACUAUCCGUUUUCUAUACUACGAACGCACACACGAUGAAUAUACAAUGUAUAUUAUACAUACACGCCCACAGACACACACAACAAACACGAGCAAACAUUCACGACAGCGAUUUUUUUUUACGAAGACUUUAUUUUUUUUAGAUUUAAUA